AUGAAUUCUUCAGGUACGAAGUAUAUUUCAGUGUCUUCUCCACACACCUGCAACAUGAGUAAAAAACAUUUUCCCCAAAGUGUGGUCGUGCAACCAGGUUUUCAUCCUGCAAACUGGAGAAGGGAAUCUGUCAAUGACGAGGGCUCUGCCUCAAGCCCGCAUGACUCCCAAGCGUCUGAUUUUGAAAGCCUUCUUCGGGAGAGACGGUACCAGUUAGAACUCCAGCAGCGGAUUUGUCAAAAUGAAGAGCUGGUAGGACUGUAUUCUGAUGAGUUCGAGAAUGACAGCUUAGAAGAAGAUAGCUUGGAGGAGAGGAGUUUAAAAGAACAAGGAGCUGAGUAUGACACAAAUCAACAUACAAAUGGAAUCCAAAAGAAUGACGGUAAUGGAAGGAAACAACAGCCUGUGGACAAAUAUUUCAACCUGAGAUACAAUCCUAACUGGAAGAACACAAAAGAGGCAGCAGAAUUUUCUGGGGCAAAAAAAGCAUGUCAAGUUGCUGGAGGAAGCAGCGUGGUGGUUUCACAAGAUUCAUUUUACCUCCAUUCCAAUGGCUCCGCAAAAGAAAAGAAUCAACAGGAGACAAAGUCACAAGAUUCACUCUCAGAGUUUGGUCCGGAAUUACCAAGCUUUCAUAAACCAACUGCCGUGGUCAGCAAUGAACCUUUUAGGCUCCAUACCAAAGGGAAGGGAUCUGCAGCUGCCUGUCAUUUCAAAGAUACUCUCAGAACACAUGGCAGUACUUGUUCUCUUCAGAUUCAAAAAGAUCAACCACAAAGAGCAAAACAAGACUUUGUGGAAAAAAAUAAACGGACUUUAGGAAUACGUGCAAAGAUGAAUUCCUAUCUUCAAUUACACAAUAAGAAGAAAGAAGUUCUCCAAGAGCAGGUUGCAGAUCCUGAAACUGUUGAUGAGGAACCAGUUCAGAGUGCCCUACCAUUCCAGCCUGUGAAAAUGGAGCUUGAAGAAAAAUGGUACCUGAAAUCACAGCAGCUCAAGGAUCAGCAAAAUAAGUCCUCUCAGAAAAAUAAAAUAAAAUCCAACCAGAGUCUCAAAGGGAGAGCCUUCCAAAGGAAUGGUAGUCAACAACCACUACGAAGACCAGCAGAACCAAAGGCUCAGCACCACAGGCACCACCAAAUACCGGAAUUGCAGCCUGCUCCCGUGCAGGCAGUACAGCAAGACAACAGCAGCCCGCUGCAGAAACGGCUGUAUCCAAGUCCUUCUGUUGGCCCUGACACUAACACAGAAACAAAUUCAGAUACUUGCUUAAAUAAUUUCCCAAAUUCAAGACAUAUUGUUAAUCGGGAUUUUAUCCCACCUACCAAUCCACUUCAUCCAACAUUACGUAAAUUUAACCGGGCAGAGGUUCUGUCUCCAGCGUGUACCAGCAAGGAGAACAAGAGAUACCAGCAUGGUUCUCCAGGUGGACUUCCACACGACCAGCAACAUGUCACUGUGCAGCUUUUUCCAGGAGAUAACAGUACCAAUGGUCGAGCAUAUCCAAAUCAGAAGAAUAUUUCAUCUGUUUUUAAUGGCAAUUUUCAAGAAUUGGUGAAGGGUCAAGUAUCACUUCAGGAUUGCAAAAGACACAUUCAUGCGGAUAAAGAAUAUCAGAAAUAUGCUAUCAGUAGUUUAAGGCCUUGUCAGUCUGCUGUUCACAGUUCGCCAACUGCCCUUUGGACAAGCUCCCAGUUUACACAAAUGAUGGAGCAACACCACCAAGAAAUCACUCAUUUGACAGCAGCUCACUUAGAGGACGGGCACGGGUUCAGCCUACUGCCACAUACGAUCCCGGGGGUGGAAAAUGGUUCAGAGAUAGAUCCAGAGAGCGGUGAAGGCAACCAAGUGAAAAUAAGCCGAAGCAAUUCAGAAGGAUACUUCAUGCAAAUGGAAAAGCAAAACCAGCCCAAAGUCAGCAAGAAGCCAUGUAGCUCAAAAGCCUGCCUAAAUCUGAAUGUGAAGCUUGGAGGCCUGGGACCUGACUAUGAAGCAAUCAAAGAGAAAAAAGAGAAGUUAAAGCAACAAAAGGAAUAUGCAAAGCAGAUUAAGGAACAUAAUAGGAAAAACAUUGGUUCGGUUCAGAGGUUACCUACAAAACCCAAGGUCUUACCUUCAGCGUCAAGACAGAGGGCGCUGGAAUAUGCUAAGAAGAUUCCUAGACCAAAGAUUUUCACAGCAAGACAAAAAGAUGAAGAGGUGAAAGAGGAAAGAGUUCUGCCACAGACUUUAAAUGGACACAGUUUACCUCAAAUUGCAUGCUUGGAAACUUUGCAAAAUAGGCAUGAGAAGGAGAAGCAAGUUGUAGCUGCUUUCAGAAACCUUCAUAUCUUAUAA